AUGUUCGGCAGCUCAGGGGAUCCGCCGAGGGAUGGGGGGAGGGAUCACCAAGUGUCCCGCUUCCCCCUCCCCUCCUUUCACCUGGUUGUUUUCCACACCCACCACUUCCCCGCCAUCCUCUCCAUGUACUCCCCUCCCCCCGUACCCCCCCGUACCAUCUCUCCCCCCUCGCUUUCCGCCUCAUCCCCUCAACCGCAAGCAGCAGAACCGAGUGCCUGCGAGGCGAUUAAGGCCGAAGCGCGUCAAGAUGGUGCAGCCGCUUGUGAAGCCGAAGAUUGUGAAGAAGAAGACGAACAAGUUCUGGCGGCCCCAAUCCGACAGGAAAAAUGCGUGCCCGAGAGCUGGCGGAGGCCUAAGGGUAUUGACUCGCGCGUUCGGCGCAAGUUCAAGGGCACGCCCCUGAUGCCCAACAUCGGUUACGGCAGCAACAAGAAGACCCGGCACAUGCUGCGCAGCGGAUUCCAGGUGUUCCGCGUGCACAACGAGAGGGACGUGGAGCUUCUGCUCAUGCACAACAGGAAGUACGUGGCUCAGAUUGCGUCUGCCGUGUCAACGCGCAAGCGCAAGGCCAUUGUGGAGCGGGCGCAGCAGCUGGAUGUGAAGGUGAUCAAUGGCAAUGCUCGCCUGCGCAGCACUGAGGACGAAUAG